AUGCCAAAAACGCCUGCUGAACGUGCACGGGAAUACAGAGCUCGGAAAAAAUUGUCGAAACAAGAAAAACCGCAAGCGCAAACAGCAGCACAACGCAAUCGAAAAUAUAGGGCUCGACAGAAGGCUUUGAGAAAUGCAGUCGCCACUAUCGGAAACAAUUCAUCAUCGACGAAUUUCUUUGGGCCAAGUAAAUUACCCAUAGCCAAUACAGACAAUCCACAACCCAGUACCAGCGGAGACGAUGGUAACAUAUUGCAUAAAUAUUUAUCACAAACGAGUGGCCAAGCUGAGCAGGCUCAAGUUCCUGUUGAAAAUACUGAGGGAAGAAUAAUUGUCAUUCACGCCGACGUUCAUCAGGCCAAUCCAUCGCAAAGUCCAAUGAAUCCGACUUCAACUACAUCCACAAAGACGAGGAAAUCAGUCGCUCAGCGGUGUCGUGAAUAUAGACAGCGAAAAAAGAUGCGGGAAGAUGCCAAUACUAUAGUCGUCCAAAGACCAGUUGUUUCUUCAGUUAUUGUGAACGUGCCUUCGAAUGAAGUGGAGGACCGGAGUAAUGCAAUUAGAACUCAAAAGAAAUGUAAGGACAUAUUGAAGCACGACGCUGAAACGGAGAUCGUACUGGAACCGGAAGCAGAUAUAGAGAUUAAAAAUGAAAUCGAUUGCCUUGACGAUGAUGAUAUAAAUAAAGUGACGGAGAUUUACGAAGAUAUAUCAGAUCAAGAUUCUGAACCGGAUGCUAUUCUUGAUUUUGAAGCUGAAAUGGAUAUGAAAACUGACAUUGAGCUAACGAAUGAUGAAUAUACGGCAUCUGGGUUGAACACCCCCCAAAUAAAUGCGCCUACAUUGGAACCGGAAGCAGAUAUAGAGAUUAAAAAUGAAAUCGAUUGCCUUGACGAUGAUGAUAUAAAUAAAGUGACGGAGAAUUACGAAGAUAUAUCAGAUCAAAAUUCUGAACCGGAUGUAGGUUAUCAAUCACACACGAAUUUUAUUUAUUAA